AUGGCUCUGGAUUGCUAUGCUCGCAGCUUGGUGACUUGGGAUGUUCUGUCUGCGUGUCAACCUUGGGCUUUUGCAAGAUCCACAGGGAGUGUGUUGCCAUGCAUGGGGUUGGGAGUGAUUGUGACUCGGGAGGCGGACCAGGUUUUAUAG